UAUGGCAACUGAUAUCCUCCAGAGAUCUCUUACUGCUCACUCAUCCUUGGGUUUUACCUCUACUUUUGCUCCUCGAGAAUUGAAUUUACUCAAGAACGAACAAUCUAAAGUUAUCAACGUCGGAGGAUGUUCAAGUUACGUGAAGGUUCGGCGACAGAAGAGGCCCCGUCCCUGGUUGACACCAAACUGGCCACCACACUGUUGUUUAGACCGGGCUUCAGCUUCGGAAACAGUUCUCAAUACCGAACUCUCUUACAAUUGGGUUGAUAGCCGUUCAAAUCAACAAGGAAGAGUUCAAGACAGAUAUCUUGAAAGAGUACUUGUUUCUCGUGUAUAUGAAGUCGCAAUAGAGUCGUCUUUAACUUUGGCUCCAUCGCUCACCAAACGUCUUGGAAAUAAUGUCCUUUUAAAGAGAGAAGAUGAACAACCUGUAUUUUCUUUCAAAAUUCGUGGAGCCUACAAUCUUAUGGCAAAUGCUCCCUAUGAGUUGCUUAAGAAUGGCGUUGUGGCAGCUUCUGCUGGAAACCAUGCCCAAGGAGUGGCCUUGGCUGCGAAGCGUUUGGGCAUCAUGGCAAUAAUUGUGAUGCCUGAAACCACUCCGAAAAUUAAAGUGGACGCUGUGAAGGCUCGCGGUGGAAUAGCUGUUCUGCACGGAGAUAACUUUGACGAAGCAAAAGAAUAUGCCCAAAAGCUCGUAAGUGAGAAGGGGGCAUUUUUUGUACCUCCGUUUGAUCAUCCUGAAGUCAUUGCUGGACAAGGUACCAUAGGCUUGGAGUUGGUCAGACAAAUGAGUGGGAAACCCUUGCAUGCAGUUUUUGUUCCUGUCGGAGGAGGUGGACUUAUUGCAGGUAUUUCAAGUGUUCUUAAGCGACUGCGUCCGGAAGUGAAAGUGAUUGGUGUUGAACCUGUUGAUUCGGAUGCAAUGAAGCAAAGUCUUGAAGUUGGAGAAAGGGUUAUCUUAAAACAAGUUGGCGUUUUUGCUGACGGAGUCGCAGUGAAGCAAGUUGGUGAAGAAACUUUUCGUCUUUGCCAAAAGUAUGUCGAUGAGAUUAUCUUAGUUGAUACCGAUGAGAUAUGUGCAGCCAUUAAGGACGUAUUUGAGGAUACACGUUCAAUAUUAGAACCAGCAGGUGCGCUAUCGAUUGCGGGUCUGAAGUCAUAUGUAGAUCGCCAGAAGUGUUCAGAUAUGAACCUUAUCGCAAUAGCAUCCGGUGCAAAUAUGAAUUUUGAUCGGUUGCGGUAUGUAAGUGAAAGAGCCGAGAUAGGAGAAUACAGAGAAGCAGUGUUUGCCGUCACUAUUCCAGAGGAACCAGGAUCCUUUCGCAAGCUUAUUCAAGUAAUAGGAGACUGUAGUGUUACGGAGUUUAAUUAUCGAUAUGCAGGACCUCCAGAAGCCCACGUAUUUGUUGGACUUGGUAUUUCUGAUAAGGAAGGAGCACAACAGGCACUUAAAAGGUUUCACGAUGCUGGUUAUAAAGCAUUGAAUCUUUCAGAAAAUGAGGUUGCAAAGUUACAUCUUCGGCACUUGGUUGGUGGCAAAGCAAAUGGUCUGACAGAUGAACUUAUCUUUCGCUUCGAGUUUCCAGAGAGACCAGGAGCACUUUUGAAGUUUUUGAUGGCUCUGCGUCCAGAUUGGAACAUUUGUUUGUUUCACUAUCGUAAUCACGGAACUGAUGUGGGUAGAGUAUUGGUUGGUUUGCAAGUUCCUAGCAAGGAGAGAGAUGAACUCAAGGAUUCAAUCGAAAGCUUAGGCUAUGCAGCUGUAGAAGAAACAGACAACGUUGCAUAUCGAUUGUUCUUAGCGAGUCAUGAGCGUUUGUAAACUUGCUAUUCUAAUAGUAAAAAGUGUGUUUUAAUAUAUCCAGAUGCAUAAGUGUAUAUAGUCAAAUAUGUGGGUUGCUGAGUUGUGGAAGCUUCCACGAGUUAUAUGCGAACUUAUACAUUCAAAGCUUCAGUGACAAAUAGAAAGUUAGAUAGUUUGACUGUGAAUGGAAAGCUUUCCUCAAAAAAGAAAACUGGUGGUUUGACGAGUUGUGAGAAAGACAAGUUGACUUGGCAUAAUAGACUCACUAACUUUAUUUCGGUUCAACAGGGAAAGUUGUUACCUUAAAGAUCAUUUCAUGGGUUCCUUCUCAUCAGAAAAGGUUUGGUCCUUCUUGAAGUAACAAGUUUCUGGAGGGCGACCGUUUCAAGGACGGCAACCUUGAUAGACUCCCAUUCAUCCUUUGAUGAAAGAACCCAGAAGAAAUCAUUCACUUUGUUCGUAAUUCGGAAGAGCUGAGAGCUUUUAUAAUGGAAAAGACAAACUAACACUUUCAAAAUGGAAUAAUGAGCUUUCAACAAAGUUGUGAAAUUAUCUUGCCUCAUAGUGGAAGGUUUAUAGUACUGUGUCGUCUCUAUACUGGCUGCAUAAACUGAUGUCGAAAAUG